AUGCCGAAAUCCCACGCCAUGGCGAGACUUCCCAGCGAAGGACAAUCGACGAACCCUUCAAAGGACAUAAUAACCAGCGAACCCACAAUGCCCGACUAUUGGCGAAUCCAACAAUACACCGAAGCCCUCAGGCCCUACAUCGAGAGUGCCGAAGAGUUCCUGAGAGCCGAGUCCCACCCACAAACAACCAUGAUCCCGCAAGAAGUGUACACCCAACUCAGCAACUGGAUAUCUGACUCUGGCUCCCGAAUGAUGUGGGUGGAAGGCCCAUCCUCCCCGGGUAGUUCUGUGCUUUCUAAAGCCGCCAUCGAAGCUGCCGAUGGAGUCAUGAACGCCGGUAUUCCUUGCAUUUCGUACUUUUGCAGGUCCCGAUACAGCUUCGCUGGCAGUGGCAGUGGCAGGAGCGGGAGCAGUGCCAGCAAGCCGACAUUAUCCCACAGAGACGCGGCAGUCGUAUCCCUCUUCUGCUCCACCAUCCGCCAACUUGCCUGGGUGCUUCCCAGAGAAGGCUUCACAGCAGGCAAGAGCCUCCACGGUGACCAAUUCGCGAAGCUUGACGGGACCUUGCACAGCCUUCCCACGGCGUUAAACAUCAUCAAGGCGCUGCUUGUGUACACACCGCCUGUGAUCAGUUGGGUCAUUGAUGGGCUGCAGUUUGCAGGGGACAGGGAGAGCAUGGGGCGCCUUUUGAAUUUCAUUAAACUCUUGCGUGAGCACAUGCAGGACUCGAGUCGGGUGUCCAAGAUUCUCUUCACGACUGACGGCCGGAAUCAAGCGCUGGCCCGUGGCACAACGGCGCGGGAGAGGGUGGAUGCAUCCGCGCUGGUUCGGGCUAGGGGAGGAAGGGCAUUCCCGGGUGGGGUUUACAUGUACUAG